AUGACGAGGUUGUUCUUUUUGAUACUUUUGGCUGUUUUUGUGAAAUCAGACCCACGCAUUUUGCCGUUGAGCAAGUUUUCGUCAAGUUUAUCUUCGUCUAUAAAUGGUGUAGAGGGAGGCGCAAAAUUGUAUCUGGCUUCUAGUGAUGAUAAUAGCGUCCUCAAAAAUAUCAUUAUCACAACCAGAGCAACAUCAUUAACAUUAGACAAACUCAAUGAUUUCAACGAUGAUGGAUCCCCUAAAAGUCUUCUCAUAGCUGGAGAUCUACGAGUCGACACUUCUAAUAAUGACACUGUCAUGGCCAGUAUGACCGGAAAUCUUUAUGUCACUAGCAAAGCACAAGCUGAUGAUCCAAACUUUUCCGUCUACGUCAUCAAAGAUCAACACACCAUUAGCACGAGCGCUAUGAAGUCUACAGUAGUGAUUCUGAACACGUGGCUUGGCGACGUGUCUGCAGAUUUGGACAAACCACUCCGCACUUCAUAUGUAACUGGAAUCAAUCAAUCCCCAAAUACAAACCUUUAUUUCCAAUGGGGAAUCCCACCAACCGAUUGGUACGAGUACACUAACAACACGUUCUUCAGGAAUCCAAUUAGUCUUAUUAACGGUACAUCACCUUCUAACAUUACCUAUACAAAAGUAUUUUUUGAUAAUGUGGAGCCCCUCCAAAUUGGACUUGAUUACUGGUACUUCAUGGUUAUGGGUCCAGUGAAUAUGCAAAUUUCGAAAAAGUAUGUGAGCAAUGAUAACUAUAACACUACCGCUGUUGACACUACUGGAUUGAUUGUGAACGACUUUCUUUAUCAAGAUCAUGUUGUUAAUUUCAUGCCAGAUCUAACAAGAACGGGAAUUUCGGGAGUGUUUUUCUCCCAUUCCGCCUUAUUGGGAACAUUCGGUGUGUAUCUGAUGGGCGAGAAAGUUUCAGUCUCGUACUUUGGGAACUUAGCGUAUCCCAAUACAGUUAGUACCUACACCGAAGAACAGGCUACACAGUUGAUUGUAAACAGUACAUCUCAUAGACCCGGAACAUUUUAUUGCCAAUAUUUCUCAUUUGCUGGAGACGGCUGGCCAACUACAACCCCAUUAACUACAGAAUUGCCUACCACCACUCCAACUACGGUAGCAGCGACUACCACUACAAUUGGAACAUCAACAAAAGGAGCUGGAUUUGUGAACAAGUUGGAAUUCAUCAUUUUAAUGAUUCUCGGAGUUUGGUUUUCGUGA